UUUUCAUUCUCUUCGCGGUAAAAUUGUUCAUUCUCUGAUAUGUAACCGCGUGUUCGAAAUAAUCUGGAAUCGAUUAGAAAGUUGAAAACUUGAUAUAAUUUUGAAUUUUGGUAUUCUUUUGGAUUUAAGGAUUUAUUUAAUUGCGAGCUGAAAAUGUGUGCAUGGCUUACCAUCUAAUGCCAUCCAUCAGUCUGGGAGGAAGAAGCGAAACAUGAGAACUUGGAUAUGAAAUAUAGUUCGGUGCUUGUCGAAGAAUUCAAACCGACCAGAACUUUCAGGUUUUUUCCAAGAUGCAUAGUACUCACUUUCAUAGCCGGAAUCGUCUUCUAUUGCGUCUACUCUAUCAUUCAAGUUCCCGUCAAUGAGAUAACAUCCGGCCGUUUGCAAUCCGGCAGCAUACCCUGCGAUUGUCCCUACGAUAUCAGCGAACUCGAGAGUAUCGACCGACAGAGGUUAUUCUACAACCGGGUUCCAAAAUGUGGGAGCACGACGCUCAUCACGCUCAUUCGCAAACUUGCAGUCAAGAACAACUACAUACACUUCAACUCCAAGAUAUACGACAGAAAAAACGUCGGCGAAGAAGAGCAACGUAGAAUUGUGAAGCAAGUAAAAAGCACCCCAUCCCCUUGCAGUUUCGAUAGGCAUGUCUUCUUCAUCAAUUUCACCAAGUUCGGCCAGAGCCCUCCCAUAUUCAUCAACAUCAUACGGGAGCCGGUCGAACGAAUUAUCUCUUCUUUUUUUUACCGGAGGAUGGUCGCGAGACAAAACAAAACGAAAGUGAAACCAAGCGCCUAUUGGUUGAACAAGAAAUUCGAACACUGUGUUUUAACACCUGAUCCAGAAUGUACGUUUUUGGAGGGUCACAAUUAUAGCGUGUUGCAGCUGCCUUAUUUUUGUGGUCAGGAGCCAGAAUGCCAAAUGUUGAAUGAUGAUGGGGCCCUACAGAAAGCCAAGCAAAACAUCGAGAAGUAUUAUGCCGUUGUGGGCACGCUGGAAGAUAUGAAUAUGACGCUGCAAGUUUUAGAAGCAGUUCUGCCCCAUUUCUUCCGGGGAGCUUACCAUGUUUAUCACAAUUUAGGAGUUCAUCGGAAUCAAAACUUGCAUAAAGAGCACGUCAAGGAAGAAGUAAAAGAAGUACUGAGAGCUAAUUUAACUGCUGAAUAUGAACUGUAUUAUUUUGUACAACAACGUUUAUAUCAACAGUAUCAAACAUUAGUUGAAGAAACACAAAAAAAUCAGUACAAAUUUUCAUUUACGUCCUUGGAUCAAUUGCUGGAUUACCAAUAAUUACUUUCUUACCUUCCUAAUAUAAUUUAAAAUCGUAAUUAAUGUCUUAGUUGGAAUUCUCAUUGCACAAAUUAAAAUUUGCAAGUUGUACACUUUUCUUUAUGUUAAGAUGUAGUAAGAAUGAUGGAGAUAUUGCCCAUUACAUCUUAGAAUAACUAAAUUUAAACUGUAUUGCUCAGUUUUUACAUUCUAAAUUGAUUCAAGGAAAAAAUAGCUAUAUUUUACAGCUUUUUUUUUAUUAUUAAAGUAUUACAUAUUUGAAAUCCAUUUUGUAUACUAGUACAUAAUGUAUGUAUAUUUUUUACUUAUGAUUUCAAAGAAAAAAAUUUCUGGGCAGCGCUUUUUAUUUAAAAACCAGCGUUUUAGUCUGGUUUGUAAAUGUAUUAAUGCAAAUGCAUUACUAUGUAAUGGAGAGCUUAUAAGCUAUAAGUGUAAUGAUUUAUGAGCACUGUGUGCAUAUUUUUGUGAUUUUUUUCAUGUAUAUUUUAUAAUAAAAUUAAAUCGGAAAUGCA